AAUUCGAGUCACGCAUAUGUCACUAUACAUACUUGUCUAAUCUUUCUGUUCUUAAACCAAGACAGAGGGAUAUGGGUAGUGUGCUCGCUCUGAGCUUCGCAUUUCCUCCACCCACUUUUUCUUCUUCUUUUUCAUCCUGCGCAAAACGCCUUUUCUCUUCACGGCUCAUUGAAGUUUAAGAAGAAACAAGUAACGCAUCUCAUAAUCUAUGUGACAGAAGUACCUGGAUUGUCUCCGGUGAAAUAAUUCACCUUCAUACACAGUGACCAUGACAACGUCACAGACAGGCUCAGACAGCACUCCAAUAGUUUUGACUCUCUUCUUCUUCUGGUUGCUGCUCGUCCUGAUCCUCAUCUAUCUCUACAGGCGGUUAAACCGUGAGACAAAUGAUCAGUACACCGUCCAGCAACUCGUCUACGGUGAAGGAGGCCUUCGCGAUCGUGUGAUACAGGGGGUUGAAGUCGUGACCAGCUUAACCGCCCGCUUUCUGCCCCAGAACCACGACGAGGAGGAGGCCAUAGGCGACAUUGAAGACGGCAAUGACGAAGAGGAGUAUGAAGAGAGAGAAGGGACCUGUCAAAAUGAGACCAAUGCAGACGAGCAUGAGGAAGAAGAUAAGGACGACUCUUCAGACGACUAUUCCAGUAUUGACCUAAAGGAGAGAGUGAAGCAGAAUAAUAGCACAGAGGAGCUGAAGGAAGAUGAAGAACAGAAAAAGGAGUCAAAGGAUGAAGAAAAAGAAGACGGACAUAAACAAGAGGAAGAGGUGAAGGGUGAAGAGAGAGUGGGCUUGCUUGUAAACAUUAAGCCUUUUUCUGGCAGUGCCAUUUGGUCUGAGGAGAAGACGGAUGAUAGUAACGUUACAGCUUUGUGAAAAAUAAAAAAAAAUGUAAAACCUGAUUGGGCCUUAAUACGAGGCCGAUGAAGAGAAACUCUGGAACUGUAGCCAAUGAUGCAGAUUAUACUUGGAAAGUGAUUGUGUCCUUAAAGCGGAAUUUCAUCAGUUUCGCAAAAAAAAAAAAAGUCAUUGUACAUCAAUCAUUAAGAUGUAAACAAAGUCAAUCAGAGUGGUUCACUGGGAAAU